AUGAUUCAUAAACAGAUCUUUCGUGGUCGAAGUAGACUUAAGCAAAGUUGUAAGCCUACGAAUAAAACGGUAAAGCGUUAUCCAAGGGAGCUGAAGAAUCGUAAAGGAGCUAUCAAGAAAUACAUUUGUCUCGAUUAUAAAGCCUACAGCGAAAAAUUUGCUUCCUUCACUAAGAAAUACCUAAGGUCGACUGUCACUUCUGGUACAGGCCAAAAAGAAGGGUGCAUUAAAUUCGUUUAAGCUCUCGAUCAUCUUGGUAACAGCUACCAAGAUUGCGAA